AGCCGCGGCACCGCGAUCUCGGCGGCGGCUGGAGCCCGCGUGCGGGCGGCGCGGGGCGCGGGGCGGCCCCUCCACGGGCCCGGGGGCUGCAGGCGGGGGGCGCCCUCCUCUCCUCCUCCUCCUCCCCCGGCGCGGCAGGGCGUUUCGGGGGGAGCAAGCGGGGCCGGGCGCGCGGAGCUCGGGGGGCGCCGGCCCCGGGCCCGUCUAUGUCUGCGGUGGAGAGCCGCUGCACCGGCGUGUCCCUGGCGGGGGCUGGCGCCGGCCCGGCGGGCCCCGGAGGGGAAGGGCCGCAGCUCGGACAUGUGCGCGCAGCCCCGCGGCCGCAGCCAGCGCACGAGUCCGGCGGGAGCGGGGCUGGCCCCGCGCUACUGAGCCUCGUCCCGUUUUUCCGCCGAGGGAUGCUCCUGGCGUGAGGCGCGGAGGAUGGAAAUUGUCUGGGAGGUGCUUUUCCUGCUGCAAGCCAAUUUCAUCGUCUGCCUUUCAGCUCAACAGAAUUCACCAAAAAUCCAUGAAGGCUGGUGGGCGUAUAAGGAGGUGGUCCAGGGAAGCUUUGUUCCAGUUCCUUCCUUCUGGGGAUUGGUCAACUCAGCUUGGAACCUUUGCUCGGUUGGGAAAAGACAGUCACCUGUCAAUAUAGAAACCAGCCAUAUGAUCUUUGAUCCCUUCCUCACUCCACUUCGCAUAAACACAGGAGGCAGAAAGGUCAGUGGGACAAUGUAUAACACAGGGAGACACGUUUCUCUACGAUUAGACAAAGAGCACUUGGUCAAUAUUUCUGGAGGGCCCAUGACAUACAGUCACCGCUUGGAAGAGAUCCGGUUACACUUUGGAAGUGAAGACAGCCAGGGAUCAGAGCACCUACUUAAUGGACAAGCUUUCUCUGGCGAGGUUCAACUAAUCCACUAUAACCAUGAGUUGUAUACAAAUGUCACAGAGGCUGCAAAGAGUCCAAAUGGCUUGGUGGUAGUUUCUAUAUUUAUGAAAGUAUCUGAAUCAUCAAAUCCUUUUCUAAAUCGUAUGCUAAACAGAGACACCAUAACGAGAAUAACGUAUAAAAAUGAUGCAUACUUACUGCAGGGACUCAAUAUUGAGGAACUUUAUCCAGAGACCUCUAGUUUCAUUACAUAUGAUGGGUCAAUGACCAUCCCACCCUGCUAUGAAACAGCAAGUUGGAUAAUAAUGAACAAACCUGUCUACAUAACAAGGAUGCAGAUGCAUUCUUUACGACUACUAAGCCAGAAUCAACCAUCACAGAUAUUUCUGAGCAUGAGUGACAAUUUCAGACCAGUCCAGCCUCUCAACAAUCGAUGUAUCCGAACUAAUAUCAACUUUAGUUUACAGGGAAAAGAUUGCCCAAACAAUAGAGCACAGAAACUUCAGUAUAGAGUAAAUGAAUGGCUCCUCAAGUAAGUAAGGACAUAGCAGGAAGAAUCCCUAACCUCAGUGGAAUGCUACGACUGUGAAUUGAUAUAAUCUAGAACGCACCCAGCCUCAUUCACUCUUUGGAUUCAUGACGGCACGUGGAAACGUGCUGCAAGAAAAGAGCUGCCAUGAUGGAAACGCAACUAAAAAUUCAUACGUAUGAUCAGUGGUAAUUUAAAAACAAACAAAAAAAAAAAAGACAAUAACUACAGUAAAUGUGAUUACAAUUUUGAUACAGUUUUCCUGAACUAAUUUAGCUUCACAAAAAGAGACUUUUCAGCCUUUGUAUAUAUGAAAUCCUUCCUCUCUGCCCCCUCCCUCAAAAUUAAAAAAAAAAAAAAUUAAAAAAAAUAAAAAGAAAAAAAGGUGGCUCGGUACAGCAUCAAAGUGGAGUUGUGUUCUGUGUGCCAAGUAACCCUUGGAAAGCUCUCAUUAUAUCACUAUUAUUAAUGGAUACUGACAAGACAGAACAAGACGACUGUAGAGGAAACAUUUCUAGGUUAUGAUCCUUCUGUUUAUUUAAUAAAAAAGGACAGACAGUGAGAGAUAAGUAUUGUAAAUAUUUCACUGGAGAAUAUAAAGGAAAUUGAAAUAUUUCCCUCUUUGUCACAUAUCUGUAGUAGGACUUGCCAAGAUCAGAAUUGAUCCAUUUUCUGUUUCUUGUUUUACAAAGGUCAUACAUUGUGUUUGGUUACUGUUAACAACUCAAUAAAUGUCUUUAACAAAUUAA